AUGUGGAAAGGCCUUCCAAAGAAGAACAUCAGUGACCUUGACAAGGGGGAUGGCGACGAUGGUUACCUCCUGACUGCACUGCGAGAGCUCUAUUUCAAGCUUUUAGGGGCACAGCCUGAAUUUACUGAAGAGGAUGUCGUUAUCAUGCCCUACCCAUCGCCUGGCAGCUCACCGACGCACUCGCCAGGCUCUUCGCCCCGCGAUUGGGAGGCUGAGCGCGAUCACGACGAGCCGGCGUCCCUGGCGAGGGGAGAGUCGAACCCCAGACAGCACAAUGCCUUAUCGUCUUCUAGAGGUGAAGAGUCAUUGUAUUCACAGACGGUUGCGGUGGAUCUCGAUGAGCCAAUGACAAGCCGCCAGUUCCUCACAACAGUGAACAAGUUUGAAGCUAAAUCAGUGCUGCGCAACCGAAGGACGGCGGGAGAUGCAUUAAAGCUCCUGAACCACGGAUACGCCUUAACGUGGAGAGACACUGGACACUUCUCGAACACCACAGUCAGAGGUUACAGAGGUUCCUCCCGACCAAUGGCACCCAAUACUCGUGACUUCAGGUGGCGCAGCAACACUGCUACGACGGCUACGUUGCGACGUUGUCUUUUCACCCCAUCAUUAUUUUCCAUUCCAAGCCAUAAACCGGCGGAAAAGCUGGUUGCGCUCAUGAGUAAAUGUGUGGAGGCACUUCUGGUAUACGCCAAUGAAUCGCCGUCUCUGCGCACCUUGGUGACCUCAAAUGUGAUGUUGUUGAGGUUGUUAUGCUUCAUAUGUGUGGAGGCGCGAAGGUUAGAGGCGUCACUUCAGAGAGACGCGUGGCGUGAUAUCGACGCGGAGCUUAAUGAACUUGCUUCGCAUUGGCGAGCAUUCCCUGCCACUCUGCCUUUUAUUGGGACACUGCAGGAGUGCUACCUCAUGGAGUACCUACUGGAUGUUGCCCUUCCACCUGCUGUGUGCUCGAUGAGGUAUGAUGGUAUCGCAAUGACGCUAUACCAGAAGAAGGAGCGGCUAAUGAUGGACAUGGUGUCGAGCCGAUCUGGGUUUGGAAACAUGACAAAGGGGUUGCCGUUACGCGGCUUGGCAGCUCUGGUGAGUAUGUCCACGUUUACAGAGCCGAGACUGCGUGCCCGUGCACUGGACAGGAUGACUGGUGAGGGGCUAGUGCUGACGCUUCGGGAAGAGAUGUGCGGUGCCACCAAGGAAACUGUACGAGCGUUAACAAGUGUGAAGAGCGGCCGCCAAAACCCUUCAAAGAAGGGGCCUUCGCCCUCUUCGUUACGUCUCACACCACGGGGGGUAGGUGGCGUCUUUGCCUCUUCGCAGCUGCGGCCCAAGCGAGCCCGCAGUGAAGGGGGAUUGCUUGAUGUGCAAGAGUCUCCUUGGCGUCGCCUUGGUUAUUGCCUUGAUAUCUUGCAAUGGCUAACAGCACCCAAUUUGGCGCAUGAAAUUCCUUCCACCAGUGCCACUACUACUAAGGGAGUAGUACGUGCUACAGCGUGGGCCUCACAAACAGAUGAUGUACGCGGAAUUUGUGCGUGCUUGCUACGUUUGUCUUCAAUCAAGGUUCACAACUCACCGUCCCCGUAUCCACAUCCAUUUCAGGAGCAGGCUCUGGAGUGUGUCCGCCAGAUCGCUAGCUACAGCGCAGUUCUGUACGGUAUUGUGGUGGAGGCGCUGGAUGACGUAUUUGACGAGUGCAGCGAGGGGCGUGCGCAUGGGCAAGAUGACUACACCGCGUUGCUUCUUCCUCUUUUAGUGGAACUGCUGCAGCUCAAGCAACACGCCGAGGCGAAUGAAGAGUGCAUACGGCGUUGGUUCACAUGGUUGGCAGAAUGCUUGGUGCCGCAGGUCUUUGAUGUGCCAGUGCUCACUUGUAACAGGGAAAACGGGAACACGACGUGGCCGAGAAAAGGCAGGGGAAAGUUAUCCAGUAUACGCUGUGAAGCUCCCGUCUUGGCGCGGGAUUUGCGUCGCGACGAGAUAAUUUCGCUCUCGCCAUACUUUAACUUUGCGUCCCGUCUCAUUAACGAGACCUCAUGGCGUUGCGGAGCGGAGUCCUUCCUCGCUAAGAUUGCGCUCCUUGCAUACAAUGUCGUUCUCUCCCAGGCUCGUCGGCCGAAUCUCAUUUUCGGACAGGCGUCCGCAUGCUACGACGUGGUGGCACCGCUGCUGCAAACUCCGCAUGGCGUGCUGCCGGGUGAGGUGACGGCCGGCCCCCUCGAGUCCUUUCGCACACCUGCCCGGCGCGGCAGCAAGACACUACACAAAUCGCUGGAGACGCCAUCUUCUGGAAAAAAGUGGGGCCGCUCCCACUCACAGGGCUCUGCAGACGGCGGGGAGGAAGUGUUCAUCCCAAGCCCCAGCCAGUCCCCACUUUUCCUUGAAGCGUACUCGCCAUCUACACCUGAUGCGGAAAGGCGUAGGGAGUCGGAUGAUCUCCCGUCGGUGGAGGCCUCACCUUCAUGUGGUGUAACUGUGUCGUCGUGGAGACGUCGGCUGUCACUCUCCGCCUUUUUGGCUGCAAUAGGAGAGUACUACCGUGAUUGA